UGUAUGUGAAUAUCAUGCCUAUCAUCUCAGUUGGAAAAGAAACAGUGCUGAAGGAACUGGGCGAAAAGUUAUGUGAAGAAGAGCCUUUCGGUGACCUUCUGUUCGACUACGGCCUCGAGUUAGACGAAGUGGAAGUGGAGCCUGGAACCGAUAGAGUCACUUACAGAGUCGAACUUCCUGCAAAUCGAUACGAUCUUCUGAGUUCUGAGGGACUGUUGAGAGCACUGAAAGUAUACACCGCACAACUUUCAGAGAGUCCAAUUUACAAAGUUGUAGAACCAGAGAAUGGUAGAAUUACAUUGACCGUGGAGUCCAGUACUAAAGAUGUAAGGCCGAUUUGCGUAGCGGCUGUUUUGAGAGAUGUGACGUUGAGUUCCGGGGCGUUGGCUAGUUUCAUUGAUCUUCAGGACAAACUUCAUCUAAAUUUGGGAAGACGAAGAACGCUUGUGGCGAUCGGAACGCAUGACUUAGACACUAUUAAACCUCCUUUUGUGUACAAAGCUCUGCCUCCGAAAGAAAUCAAGUUUAAACCGCUCAACCAGAAAAAGGAGUUCGACGCUGAAGAGCUAAUGGAGCACUACAAAUCCGAUUUGGCUUUGAGAGGAUACCUGAAAAUUCUCGAGAACGAACCUUUGUACCCUGUCAUUUAUGAUUCACAGGGAAUAGUAUGCUCAAUGCCGCCUAUAAUUAAUGGUGAUCACAGCAAAAUGAGUGCAAACACCAAAAAUAUUUUCAUCGAAUGCACAGCUACUGAUGAAACCAAAGCCAAAAUUGUACUUAACACUAUUGUCACAUUGUUCAGCCAGUACUGUUCGGCUCAGUUCACUGUCGAGCCAGUGAACGUGGUAUAUGAAACGACAGGCGAAACAAAGAGUCUGCCUCAAUUGAAUUAUCGCACAGAAGUAGUUAGCGGAAGUAUGGCUAAUAAGAAAAUAGGGGUCAAUAUUCCGGUCAACGAGAUGGCAAACUUGUUGACCAAAAUGUGCCUGAGUGCAGAACUGCAAAGUAAUGGAGAUGCCAUUAAAGUCACGAUUCCUCCGACCAGGGCGGAUGUGUUGCAUGCGUGUGAUAUCUAUGAGGACAUCGCCAUUGCAUUCGGAUACAACAAUGUUGAAAAGGUGUUUCCGUCUACCAACACAGUAGCCCAUCAGCUACCCGUGAACAAACUGAGUGACAAGUUGAAGGAGAAUGUGGCCAUGGCUGGCUACACCGAAGUGUUCACGUUCUCACUCUGUUCACGCGCAGACAUCUCCUCCAGUAUUUGUAAAGAGGAUGUGGACAAGGCCAUUGAGAAUGCGGUCCAUAUCUCAAACCCAGCCACUCUUGAAUUCCAGGUUGUGCGUACAUCUUUGAUCCCCGGUCUGCUGAAAACAGUUUCGAGCAACCGCAAAAUGCCGCUUCCUCUCAAACUGUUCGAACUCUCAGACGUCGUACUGCUGGACUCCACGAAAGACGUCGGUGCCAGAAACGAACGAAGACUGGCUGCUAUAUUCUACGGCAAAACUAGUGGUUUCGAAGUCAUCCACGGACUAUUGGACAGAGUAAUGCAACUUCUAGAGGUCAAAAAUGGAGAUUAUGUCAUCAAAGAAGCGGAUGACACAUUGUUUUUCCCUGGUCGAUGCGCAGAGGUUGUAUGUAGUUGGAGUCCAGAUGGAAGCGAAGAGAAGAAAUCGACCCAUACGUUAGGAAUGGUAGGAGUGAUUCACCCGAGUGUACUGAAAAAUUUCGACCUUAUUUAUCCUUGCUCGGUGCUUGAGAUAAAUGUUGAACCGUUUGUUCUAUAAAUUGAUGUCUAUUAUUUUAAUGCUUGUUGUACAAUUCGGCCUUAACUCUUUGUAAUUAUCGAAUUUCUAAAGCACAAAUAUUUCUGCGUUGCAUGAAUGAAGAAAUUGAAUUGUGAUAAUGAAGUGGAGAUGCUAUGAAUGGAAGAAAACGUUGAAAUCUAACAGUUUUUAACCCUUGCCAGAAACGAAAUUAUUUUUACACUUGCGAAGCUUCUUAGUACGGACCUUCUUUUUCUCCCAACCUAAGUCGCAAAUUUUGGUGCCACUUUUGGGGCACCUGUACAGUUUUUAAUACAUGUGCUUUGACAUUCGAAUAAUAACAAGUUAACACAGUUGAUGCAUUUUUAAUUCAUCAAAUAAACCGGAAAAAGUGAUUUGUUUGAAACAACAUAACAAUAAUGAAAACUCGAUUUCAGAAAUUUUAAACUCAAUUUAUCUCGCAAUUUUUUGAAAUGCAUAAUUUAUACAUAAUGUGGCUUCAUGCUUUGCGAUUUGUUACAUGCAAAUUUAGUGUGGAUGCCUUCAGUUGUUAUCUUCCAAAUUAUUACCUGCAAAAUUGAGUCUAUUUGGUGCUACUUUUGCUGAAUGGUUUUGGCAAUUGUUUAGCAUAUGUAGCUGCUUUAUUCAUGAAUAGUGUUUGUUGGUUGUUCAGCUUGUGUGGCUGAGUGGGUAGUGCGUGAGACUCAAAAUCUCGUAAUUGCAGUAGAUCGCAGAUUCGAGUCCUACAAAUAAACGUGUUCUAGCUAAUUGGAGGCUUAGUUUUA